CUCGUGAUUCCUGCAACGCUCACUCCACUUCAACAACAAGCAGCUGAAAUCUGUUGCGAGAAGGAGCAAGAAUUCGGGACAAGGAUCGCCGUGUCCCAGACACUCGAUUCGGUGAUAGGUUGUCGGAACAGAGAGAUUGUGCCACGUUGUGCACCUGACGGAUCUUUUGCGUUGCUCCUAGACCAUCAAGAGCACCUCAUCAUGAGAGCGGUUUUGCAGCGUGUGAAGGGUGCAACGGUGCAUGUAAAUGGCAAUCUCGUCUCUCGCACAGGACCUGGUCUCGUAGCUCUCAUUGGCAUUGGCACAGACGAUACGAUGGCCGAGAUUGAACCACUUGCAAAGCGCCUCUUGUCAACAAAGCUGUGGAAUGAAGGUCAAAAAGCUAGCGCCAUUGAUGUGCCUGUCCAGUACGCACCACUCGACAGCGCUGCAAAGUCUCGCACUUCUGCUGAGGAAGAAGCAGGAAAAAGCAGAAGCGAAAGCGAUGAAAAGUUGUCUGGAGGCGAAGGUUCAAGGGCAGAAGAAGUCUGGGGUGGCAGACCUUGGAGAUCUAGCGUGCAAGAUAUCGAGGGCGAAAUUCUUUGUGUCUCUCAAUUUACUCUGCACGCGCGAUUGUCCAAAGGGACGAAGCCCGACUUUCACAAGGUAAGCCACGGAGGACAGCAAGCGCGAGAGAUCUACGAUGCCCUGCUUGAGCGCCUGCGAUCAGCAUACAAGCCAGAUCGGAUCAAAGAUGGCGCUUUCGGCCAGAUGAUGGAUGUCAGCUUGACCAAUGACGGACCUGUAACUAUUCUCGUCGACACUGCAGAAAAGAAGUGAUAUCAUUUACAGAUGUUGGAAUAAAAUACAAUCACGUUCAC